GAUUUAGAAAUAAAAUGGAGUAUUAUCAAAUGUUUGAUCCUUCGUCUUGUGUUACAUGCAUUUUAUUAAUAAGUGGUUGAUGGCGUUUAUAACGGUGAAAGAAAAACGAUAGUGAUCAUUAUCAUUAAUUUAUUGCUACCAUAAGGUAAACGCGUAGAAAAAGAAUGAGGGAUAAAAUCAAAUCAUCCAUUUCCUUUUGGAUCUUUAGAGAAUUUUUCAAGCAAUGAUGACAUUCAUUUGUUAGUUAUGGCUUUUUCUUCUACAUUCAAAUAUUAUAUCGGUACUUUCUUACAAGUGGAACGAAGUUUGCCGCUUUAACGAACUUUUCAAUUAUGGUUUAUGAUUACGUAGCCUUCCAUAGGGAGAAAGGUAUACAUAAUAAGUGUUGCGGUGGAAAGUUUUGGUGCAUUAAGGAUAUUUGCGGAAUUAUAUGCGCGGUUCUAACAUGGUUGCUAAUCAUUUAUGCGGAAUUUGUAGUUAUGGCUGUUAUUCUUAUCCCUUCUAUAAAUACUUUGUAUUCAGGCCUAAAUAUGGCAGUGUUUCAAUCAUUAGCAUUUUUGGCAUUUGCUUCUCAUUUAAGGACAAUGUUUACAGAUCCAGGUGCCGUACCGAAGGGUAAUGCAACGAAAAAGAUGAUACAACAAAUGGGAUUCCAAGAAGGUCAGGUUAUCUUUAAAUGUCCAAAGUGUUGUUCCAUAAAGCCGGAUAGAGCUCAUCAUUGUUCAGUUUGUCAAAGAUGUAUUAGAAAAAUGGAUCAUCAUUGUCCAUGGGUAAAUAACUGUGUCGGUGAAAAUAAUCAAAAAUAUUUUGUAUUGUUUACCUUUUACAUAGCAGGUAUAUCACUGCAGUCUCUUCUUUUGUGUAUACAACAAUUUACAACGUGUGUAAGACAAGAAUGGAGAGAAUGCUCGACAUUUAGUCCUCCCGCUACUGUCGUUCUUUUACUAUUUCUAGCAUUUGAAGCACUUUUAUUUGCCAUUUUUACAGCUGUAAUGUUGGGAUCGCAGCUACAAGCUAUUUGGAAUGAUGAAACUGGUAUAGAACAACUUAAAAAAGAGGAAGCACGAUGGGUUCGUAAUAGCAGAUGGAAAUCCAUCCAGGCCGUUUUUGGCAGAUUUUCUAUUGCUUGGUUUUCUCCUUUUACUUCGCCUCCAAAUACAAAAAAGAAAUUAGAUGCCUACUUAUAUACCGUGUAAUUGGGAUAUAUGACCGUGACACACACAAAUAUCUAAUACAUGUAAAUACAUAUAAG